CCGUUGGAUGACGUAGUGUUUUAAUACACUAGGAUAACAGAUUUGAACUUUUUUUGAAAAAUUUUGUGAGCUUCGCACGCCCUAAACCGGCAUACAAAAAAGCAUAAUGGACCCCAGUCUGAUAGCAACCAUGGACAAGGACGCACUUAAAAAGCAAAUCGAAAAUAUGAAGUAUCAGGCGUCAAUGGAGCGGUGGCCCUUAAGUAAAAGUAUCGCAGCAAUGCGAGAGUACGUUGAGGAAAAUGAGAAAAACGACCCCCUGAUACACGCCCCCGAUAAAAAGAGUAAUCCUUGGGCGGAGAAAGGAAAAUGCGUCAUUAUGUAAUGAAUCAUCGCAUCGUUUAAGAAGACAAAGAAUUAAUAUAUAUAUUUGUAAAUAAUUAGGGAAAAACAUACACAGAAUCAGACACUUCGAAAAAAAAACUCGAAAAAUUGAUUAAAUAGAUGCAGAACGAUAGAUGAUACCUAAGAAAUUUGAAGACAACAUGGAUCGUUGGUGAAUCGAAAAUGAAUGAAAUUAAGGAAACGAGCAAUCAGAAGCCAUUUUAGGUGAGAUUUUCUUCAGUCGAUUUGGGAACGAUCACAUUGUAAACGCGCCUGCGCAGCAAGAACACUUCUAAGGCGCACGCUCGGAAUUGUUGUUUUUCCUCUGAUAGAUGGAGGCUGCAUUUCGUUCUGAAUUUAUUCACAACACAUGAUCCUGGUCGUCCAGGACGAAGUCCGUCUGAACUGUGCAUUGUGGGCACUGCCACGCUGGUUCGUCAAAGAAUUUUCAAAAUACGAAUUGGAAAUUUGCGGAAGAGUCGAAUAUAAACACUUGCUUACACUGCCAUCUGUGAAAUAUGAAUCUGCGAUAGGAUUACUUUAUCUGUUUCCGAAUCUACAUGUUUUAGUUUAAACUGGUUUUGUUUCGUAAGUGUUUUUCGUACCUAAUAUUUAUUAAAUCUUUCGUUAGAUUAAUGUGUGCCACGAUUUAGCCUUAAGUUUUUAUUUGAGAGAAAUCUAGAAAAGAAAAUACUACAUAACCAAUAUGGCAUGUGCUCUAAUUGCGACCAACUUCCAUAGACUCAUUUCGAUCGUCAUUGAUUUAUAUAAUUAUAAAAAUGGAAACUUAAUAUUAAAAUAAAUCUAUAGUGGUUUCGUAUAUUUCUACGUAAUUGUUAUGACAUUAUUUCAAAGUACAUUUAAUAAAUGCUCAGAGCUUCAUUUUCAACGAUACGUAAUCACUCAUCCAGCUAUUUUUUUCACCUAUUCUAGUCGAAUUUCUGGAGGCUUUGUCCUGGAAGUGCAAUUGUAACAAAUAAAAUUUGGCGAUGAAUGUUAGAAAUCGUUUUAUAU